AUGGAUUUGCACCAGCAUCCAAAACGCCGAGUCGCGCUAAUUCUUCCGAUGGUUCGAGCUCAAGUUUGAAGUGGCAAGGGAGUUCGUUCUCGUACAAUUCAUGAGAGCGAUGAAGAUGCACCCGAUGAGGCAAAGGCGAAACCAGAUGUCAUAGAGCUGCGAAGAAUGCGUAAGAGGGAUUGGGCGAAAAAGAUCUACAAAAGUUUGGUGAAGAAUGAUUCUCCUCCGAUGCAUUCCUCUGAGGACUCAGAUUCGAGCGGCAACAAGAAUUUUCGCCCUCGUCAUCUCAAACGUCGUCAUUCGACAGCUGGUCCGUUGCAGCUGGCAAAAGAGUAAGU